CCCAACCACAAAAACAGCAAAACUGCAGUGAGGUGGGCGCACAACUUCUGCUCACACUUUAACGCACAGGCGCGUUACGGGAGAGUUUGGAGCGACACUCCAAAGCAAGUUGUUCAGCAUCAGCUGGUGAUUGAAGCCCGUUUGAAUGAGAGUGAAGUUCCGUAAUGAGAUUUUUAAAAGAAACCCGGAGAGCAUUCAAUUAAGGAUUCCCCCCCUCUUUGAGCAGCUGCAGACUGAGAGCGAUUCCAGCGCUGGGAAGAUGACGGUGACCUAACUUCACGUCUUAGGAUCCAAUCGUUUAGCUUCUUUUUUGGUGAAUUAACACAAAUGAAAAGUGUGUAAACUUGGACUGAGGCUUUGAGCUGAAGCCCACUGGACGCAGGGAACGUGAACCCCAGCGGCUCGUCGGGAUGGUGCGCCUGUUGAGCUGCCUGCUGCUGGGAUAUCUGACCUGGAAUCUCCGGAUAUCGGAUGCUCAGGGAGAGUAUUGCCACGGGUGGCUGGACUCAAAUGGAAAUUAUCACGAGGGUUUCCAGUGUCCGGAGGAUUUUGACACCAUGGACGCCACAGUUUGCUGCGGCUCCUGCGCGCUGCGCUACUGCUGCGCCGCAGCGGACGCACGGCUGGACCAGGGCAUCUGCACCAACGACAGGGAGGUGGAUAACACCGAGUUUGCAGCGCAGCCCAUCUACGUGCCCUUCCUGAUGGUGGGGAGCAUCUUCAUCGCCUUUAUCAUAGUUGGCUCACUGGUGGCUGUCUACUGCUGCACGUGUCUCAGGCCCAAGCAGCCGACCCAGCAGCCCAUUCGCUUCUCUUUACGCAGCUGCCAGGGGGAAACGAUCCCCAUGAUCCUUACCACGGCUCCCCCAAGCCUGCGAGCCCCAUCGCGGCAGUCCAGCACGGCUACCACCAGCUCCAGUUCAGCCGGAGGAGGUAGCUCCAUGCGGAGGUUUUCUCUCGGAGGUCAGGGGCAGCAGCAGCAUGGCUGCCUGGUAUCAGCCACCGUCUCAUCGUCAGCCUCCACUCCCACCCAGACCCCACAGACUCUUCUUCCACCUCCCCCUUACACAUCCCCACCAGCACCCAUGACAGGAGGGAUCCAGCACCCGCUGCCUUCAUCCCACACCCAGUUGCAGCUCCAUCAGCCCCCGAUGGCCACUCACUCGUCCCAGAACACCAGCUUCCUUCUUCCCCAGCAGUACUUCUUCCCUCUGCAGCCUGACGCCUUCGCAGCAACCAAGGGCUUCGCUGACUUUGGACAGAGCUGACAGGGCUCUCAGCACGGGAAAUAGAGGAUUACACAAUUUUUAGUGGGCAGGAUGCGACCUGUCACAGACAGAAACACGCCAGACGAGGCUGGUGCCAGAGAAGCUAUGCAUGAGGCCCGGCCAAUUGGCCGCAGAGCGAGUUGCUGGAGGGUAGGCACAAAGCGUGACAGAGCUGCUGUGGUUGACCAGCAUGGCCCGAGGUACUCCCUGUCUGCAGCACAGGACACAUCAGCAGAUCUGACACCAUUUGUAAAAUGUAUGCACUUUUACUUUGUGAACAGAUCUCCAUGGUUUCCAUUUGUUGAUGUUUCAAGAUGGAAAUGUAUCAGCGAUCUUCCUGAAAAACAGAUGUUGCCGUCACCAGAUUCUGCUAAGCAUUAACAGAGGUAUAACAGACUUGGGAAACCAGAGAAUUCCUUUUUCUGACAAUCGGAAGGACUUGGGAAUGAGAGACGUUUUAUUUUGGAGGAAAUGUUAUGUUAUAUAAAGGAUUUUACAGCUCUUCUGAUUGAUUGCUUAAACUUCAGCAAAUAAAUGUUGUCUCAUAGUAACUUGUGUGCUGUUUGAUGUAAAGCUUAUUAAGUAACAGUUUUGUCCAGAAAGACGGGGCUUCAUCAUCAUCAUCAUCAUCACUGAGACAAAAAGGAAACCAGAGAGGUCAGGCCGGCACAUCAUCUCCCUACCUGUCGCUCAUUCUCGCGCCAGACUUCACAGCAGGAAUGCAGCGCUGAGAUCAGUCAUUGUCAGUGCUCAAUGAGCAUGGCGUGGUCACAGUGUUAAAAACAACUCACCCCAGAAAUAGAGGUUUGGGUUGCACCAGCAGGUAUGGCAAAACCUCCACAAAGACUGCUCUGUUACCCGGCUACCUGACUGUGAAACACACUUGGCAACCGGUUUGUCACGAAACCCGAAAGCUGUUCGGCUUCAGGAUGUUUGCUGCUGCGUUCAGGUAUCCGUUAAGUCUUUUAUCACAGAAUACAGCUCUCAUGAAUAACGUCUGUCGGAGUGUUACCUCCAUCCUGUCUUGUUUGAACUUGCAGCUGUCAGUUCAAACCUCUGUAUCACCUUCUGCUUAUGAAAGGAAAACAGAAGUCGCGAACAUGUUUUCAUGAUAUUUCCUAAACCUUUUGGAUACAUCGAAUCCUCUGUUUUUGCCAGGCUCAGAAAAGUUUCCGACUUCUUUUCCAAGUUAUCCUUGAAGGUAGGAACCCAAUUCUCCACACAGUGAAUGUUUUUAUUUAAAACAAUCGUGUGGAUUUUAUAACAAUUCAAGUUUUGUAUUUGUUCUCAGGGCCUAAACUUUUGAAUCCUCUGACUUUUUUUUUAAACCACCAGACUUCUGUAGAUUGCUUUAUUAUAUUUUUAACAGAUGCACCACAAAUACACAGUUAACAUUACAGAUAUCGCCAUUAAACUUGUCCAAGCAUAUACAAGUAAUCCCUGGCUCUGUAUGAUGUUUUGAGAGGGGAUUUUCUUAAUCCUUUAACAACUGUACAAUACGUUAUUAAGCAAUAAAUCACAAUUAACAGAAAUAUAUUCAAAGUAUUUUUAAUUAAUUUAAAAUAAUGAGGGUUUAAUAAACACUCCAUCUUCAAAAGAUUAGAAUUUCUUGGCAUUUAUUUCAUGGUUCAGGCUUUAAAGGGUUAAUAUUGGCAUCUCCAGUCGGCAGCAUCCCAACCCACCUGCUACUCAAAGCUAUUUGAGAAGAAAACUGGCUUUCAGUCGUGUAAACUGAGGGGUUACCCUCCAGUAUAAGAUACAUAAAGAGCAUUUUAAACAAUGAAACAUGUAAAGUCACUCCAAUAGAGUCUAGUAGAGUCCUGGUGUCGAUAGCAGUUGUACAGAAAAUGUAGAAAAAAGCAGCUGCUCAAAAAACCCUCUUCUGAAUGUAAUAAAAUCACACUUGCUCCCACCACCAGUAACCACAGGUGUCACCUCAUCAACCAACAGCAAAAGCUUGCACUCUCCAGCUUGAAAAAAUAAUUAUAGUUCAGAUGUACCCGGUAUUUAUUUCAUUACCUAAUCUCCCCACACUAAUGUUUUAUUUAUUUAUUUGUUUUUCAGUCUGUAAAAUAUCUGCAAAUAGCAAAGCAGUCACAGAAAUGAAGGCUUAGGCCGGCGUCUUACAACGCUUCCAAUGAUCAUCAUGCAAAAAUGCAACGAUAUCCUGUUACAGUUUACAAUAAUAAACCCACAUUUAGAAGCUGUAACCAGAGAAUUGUUAGUGUUUAUGUAUAAAAAAAUGUUCUGUCAAUCAACUAAUGAAGGGAAGUUUUUGGACCUUGAUUAUAACAAUAAGAAUUUGAAAAGCCAAACAGGACUUAGCCUGUGUGGGAUCACACGAGAAGUUCGAGUAAACCCCGCAAUCAUAACAAAUGAGAAGUCUAUUGAUAUAAUUUGUUUGUCGUGCUCGCAGGCCGAUGGCCGUCCCUCCUUUUCCUGUUUGGAUUUUCUCUCCAGUUUGUCGCCACACACGCUGAUUACAAAUUUGCAAAUAACACAAAAGCAAUAACAGACUUCCACAUUGUUCGUCAGUGAUUGUAAAGUUUAUUUCAGUAGUCCUUCGUGGCAGUAAAGACAACACUUAUAAGUUUGCAGUCCCAACAUGCAGAACAAUCAUCGAACAAAAA